AUGGAAGAGUUACAAGAAGAGUAUGGAUUCUUUCGUAUGGUGAUCUGCCCCAAUAAACAAGGAGAAGAAAUGGUUGCAGUAGCAGUAGCAAUAGUAGGGAGUAGUGGUAACGUAGUGGAGGAUGAGUGCGUAAAGGAGGAGAAGGGGAAGGUGAUAAAGGACAAGGCAGAAGAGAAGGCUGCAGAGACAGGGAGGGAAGCUAAAGAGGCUUCGGAGUCAUGGGCUGAGUGGGCCAAGGAGAAAAUCACCGAAGGCCUCGGGUUUAAAGUAACAAAGGAAGCCAAGGAUGCUACUGCUACUGCUACUGCUAUUGCUAUGCACACCAAAGACGAGAUUUCUAGGGCAGGACAAUACAACACAGACAAAUCUGGAGAAGUGAAGAAUGAGGAAGCAGCUGAAAAGGCUGUGUAUGCCAAGGAAACAACAUUCCAGAAGGCAGAAGAGGCAAAGCACAAGGCCUAA